UUUUUUCCUCUCCUCUUCAUCUCUUCUCUCCCCGUAUUUUUCUUGGUCCUAUAAUCAUGUCCGUCCAAUAAAACCCUAAUUUUAUCUUCCUUGCGUCGUUUCACUCCAUUACAGAGCUGUAGAAUUAGCUUGAAAAAGGGUGAAGAUUAGGGUUUGUUAUAGAUGUCCUACAAUCAAUCAAGGCCGGAUAGAAGCGAGACUCAAUAUCGGAGAACUGGUCGAUCCACCGGCUACCAUCAGCAGCAGCAACAACAGCGAUCUUCCACCGCCGCUUACGGUAGGGGAACCGGCGCUGCUACUGCGCCUGCCCCUUCCACUUCCGUCGAUUCUUCCUUAUCCUCCAAUCGCAGUUUUAAGAAGGCAGGCAAUGCCCAAGGAGGGCAGUCUAGGGUGAAUCUGCCGCCUGUGAAUCAUUCAGUUUCUAAGGAUGGUUUGCAUCCUAACAAUCACAAUGGUCCCAAUGUACAGCCUCGCUCUCAAGGAGCGUCUGGUGAACCGCUUAUUGGCGGAACGGCCCAUCCAACCAGUGGAGCUAUUCCAAAGGCUCCAACUUCUCAGUCUCCCGCCAUGAAUUCCAAGAGCAAUGAGACUCCAAACACAGCUAAAGCAGCCUCUGGCGACCCUUCUAAAGCAUUUGCUUUCCAAUUUGGGACACUUGGUCCUGACUUAAUGAAGAUUCCUGCUCGAACUAGCUCAGCACCUCCGAAUAUGGAUGAGCAGAAACGUGCCCAGAUGCAGCAAGCUUCUUUAAGAACUGCAACAAAUUUGCCAGCUUCUGUACCUAAAAAAGAUUUACCAAAUAAGGCUGCAGAUAAUCAACUGAUGAGGAAAGAGGGGCACCAUCCAUCAAGUGAAAAAGCAGAUGGCCAUGUCUUACAUGUACCCCCUCCAAGUCAAACACAGAAGUCUCCAGUUACAAGUAUCCGCAUGCCUUCGGUGCAGACACCUUAUCAGCAUGCUCAGGUUGCUCACCCUGUACAUUUUGGUGGCCCGACAAUGCAUAUGCAGCCUCCCAAUGUGACUCCAGGCUCGUUUCAGAUGCCAAUGCCUAUGGCAUUAUCUAUGGGAAAUACACCUCAAAUCCAGCAGCAGGUGUUUUUUCCAGGUCUCCCGGCACAUCCGAUUCAUCAUCAGGGUAUGAUGCAUCAGGCACAGGGACAUGGUUUUGCAAAUCCGAUGGGUGCUCAGAUUCAUCCUCAGUUAGGCCACGUGGGUGUAGGUUUGAGCCCGCAAUUUCCCCAGCAGCAAGGAGGAAAAUUCGGUGGGGCACGUAAGACAACACCUGUCAAGAUUACGCAUCCUGACACACAUGAAGAGCUGAGGCUUGAUCGACGUGGUGACUCGCAUCCAGAUGGCGAACCAGUGGCUUCAAAACCACAUUCUAACACACCUCCUAGAUCACAGCCAGUUUCGUCAUUUGCUCCUCGACCAGCUAAUUUGGUGCAAACCUCGUAUAACACCAAUCCCAUGAUAUAUCCUCCAGUCUCUGUACCCUUAAACAGUGGUCCAAUGUCAUCCAAUCAGGCACCAAGAUAUCAUGUUAUUGAUGGGUCUCAGAGGGUACAAUUUAUUAACCAAUCUGCUCAUACCGCUCCUCAGCUCAUCAGACCCGCAGCUCCUGCACAUGUUUCACCUGAUUCUUCUUUCUCUGUGAAAGCACGCGAUGCCCAAAAUGGAAUGUCAUCUUCUCUACCUGCAACUGCGAAGAUAACUGUGAAGUCAGCUUCUGCUUCUGAAAAACUUGGAUCACCUAAAGCCAGGUCACAUGGAGAAGUUAACAUUUCUCUGUCCAAAAAGGAUGUCGAGGCAGGUUCAUUGAGUUCUUCACAGCAUCCGAAACCUGGCUUUGUCUCCGGGGUACCAAAUUCGUCUGCUCUGCCAGAGAAGUCAUCUGUGGAGACUGCUCCAGUUGCAACAGCUGAAAUCGGAAGAGGGGUUAUGGUGAAUGAGUCGAACUCAGUUGAAGAUCAGAAACGGACAUGUAAGGUGGAACCCCCUCAGAAUGUGACUAAGGAUCAUGGACAGACUAUGUUAGACCCUCUGGUUUCUGAUCUUGGUUCUCCUUCUAGCUGUUUUGCUCCUGAAGCAGAAACCAUUGCUGCUAAGGAAAAUUCGUCACUUCUAGCUACCAAUGGUUUUAGGAAGCAACUGAUAGAGGUGACUCCUACGUCUGAUUCUCCCACUGCUGACUUAUUAAAUACAAACAAAUCUACAGAAGGGUCAAGCCAUGUCUCCUCUGAGAUUUCUGUUUCUUCACCGCAAGAGAAAGACCUAAAAUGUGAUGAGCUGACUGUUUCUGACACGCACGUUGAAAAGUCUGUGAUUUCUGAUGAGAAACACCAAACAGUAUCAGGUGUGCUUGGGAAGGCACAUAAUGAGGUGGAUGGUGCCACAGACAUCUGUCCCGACUCUACAAAAUUAGCUGAAGUUGCAGAUAAUACGAGCUCCGAGCUUCCAAAUUCUACUCAUACUCGGUCUACUUCUGUUCCUCUUGGACAUUCUGAAACACUGUCGAGACAUCAUGCUGUAGAAAAUGCUGGUGAUAGUUCGACAUCUGCCCCAGCUACUCUUUCCAAGGAUAAACCUGCUUUUGAACCAAACACUAGGAGGAAUACUUCUACAAAAGGAAAGAAGAAGAUCAAAGAAAUUCUUCAAAAAGCGGAUGCUGCGGGGACAACUUCUGAUCUCUAUAUGGCUUACAAAGGGCCUGAAGAAAAGAAAGAGAUACCUUCAGAGAGCUCCACUGUUAUUCAUGAUGUUUCAAACCAGAAGCUUGCACCUGCCAUACCUCAGGCUGUCGCUGAAGCCAUCGUGGAUAAUGAACCAGUGAAAAAUGAACCGGAAGACUGGGAAGAUGCAGCUGAUGUAUCUACGCCAAAGCUGGAAACUGCAGAUUAUCGUGUGAAUGCAAAGGGAGGUUCCUUAGAUGAGGUCAGAGACAACUGCAGCAGCACGGAGAAGAAGUACUCCCGGGAUUUCCUCCUUAAGUUUGCAGACCUGUUUACUGCUCUCCCUGAUGGUUUUGACGUUUCGCCUGAUAUUGCUAACGCCUUGAUUUUGGCUUAUAUGGGUGCGUCUCAUCAUGAACAUGAUUCGUAUCCCACCCCUGGAAAGGUUAUGGAUCGCCAAGGGAGUGGUCCACGAUUAGAUCGUCGUCCUAGCAAUAUGGUUGUUGAUGAUAGAUGGACGAAGAACCAAGGUCCUCUUCCCGCAGGAUAUGGUAACCAGGGUUUCCGACCUGGUCAAGGAGGAAACUCAGGAGUUCUAAGAAACCCUCGUAUGCAGGCACCGAUUAUGUCUAGACCGAUGCAACCUAUGGGUCCUAUGGGAGGAAUGGGCAGAAAUAACGCGGACUUAGAAAGGUGGCAACGUGGUGCAAAUUUCCAACAAAAAGGACUUUUUCCUUCUCCGCAUGCUCCUAUGCAGGUGAUGCAUAAAGCGGAAAGAAAAUACCAAGUGGGUACUGUUGCAGAUGAAGAACAAGCUAAACAAAGGCAAUUAAAGGGCAUCUUGAACAAGCUGACCCCGCAAAACUUUGAGAAACUGUUUGAGCAAGUAAAAAGUGUCAACAUUGACAACGCUGUUACACUUACUGGUGUCAUAUCACAGAUAUUUGACAAAGCCUUGAUGGAACCUACCUUCUGUGAGAUGUAUGCAGACUUCUGUGUGCAUCUGUCUGGGGCGUUGCCAGAUUUUAAUGAGGAUGGUCAAAAGAUUACCUUCAAAAGAUUGCUUCUCAAUAAAUGUCAGGAAGAAUUUGAGAGAGGGGAGAAAGAAGAGGAGGAAGCCAGUAGAGUUGCUGAAGAAGGACAAGUAGAACAAACUGAGGAGGAAAGAGAAGAGAAGAGACUCAAGGUUCGGAGGAGAAUGCUUGGUAACAUUAGACUUAUUGGUGAGUUAUACAAGAAAAAGAUGUUGACUGAGAAAAUCAUGCACGCAUGCAUCCAUAAGUUGCUCGGGUAUGAUCAGGAUCCACAUGAAGAGAACAUCGAAGCUCUGUGUAAACUAAUGAGUACGAUAGGAGUUAUGAUCGAUCAUCCCAAAGCUAAGAGCCAUAUGGAUGCAUAUUUUGAUAAAAUGAAACAGCUAUCACGUAAACAAGAAUUGUCUUCUAGGGUGAGGUUCAUGUUAAUCAAUGCCAUGGAUCUUAGAAAGAACAAAUGGCAGGAGAGAAUGAAGGUUGAAGGGCCAAAGAAAAUUGAGGAAGUGCACAGAGAUGCUGCACAUGAACGCCAAACCCAAGCUAACAGGCUUUCACGUGGUCCCUCGAUGAAUUCGUCAGCAAGGAGAGGGCAUAUGGAGUUCAGUCCUAGGGGAGGAGGAAUGCUGUCACCUCCAAGUGCCCAAAUGGGUGGUUUUCAUGGACCACCUCAAGGUCGUGGCUUUGGUAAUCAAGACAUUAGAUUUGAUGAAAGGCAAUCUUAUGAGCCUAGGAUGGUUCCAAUGCCUCAAAGGUCAGUCGGUGAGGAGCCUAUAACCUUGGGUCCUCAAGGUGGUCUUGGUCAGGGAAUGUCUAUUAGAAGGCCUGCAGUAGUAUCAAACAUUUUGCAGUCUGAUGCUACUCAGGCCGGUGGUGGAGAUUCAAGGCGACCGGCUGGUUGUUUGAAUGGUUUCGGCUCACAAAGACCUGCAAGUCCUGUUACUCACGGACGGUCAAGUCCCCAAGAGCGAGGAACAACUUAUGUUCACAGGGAGUUUGCAAGUCUGUCUCGUCCUUCUGAUCCGUCAUCAGAAGUAUCAUCUGCCAUGCAAGGACCACAAGGGCCAUCGUCAACAGUAAACAGCUCUCGAGAAAAUGCUGUGCCUGAGGAACGGUUACGCGAUAUGUCCUUAUCUGCUAUUAAGGAAUAUUACAGUGCCCGAGAUGAGAAGGAGAUUGGUUUAUGCAUGACAGACAUGAAGUCGCCAGCUUUUCACCCAACAAUGAUUUCUCUCUGGGUUACUGAUUCGUUCGAGAGAAAAGACAAAGAAAGAGAUCUCUUAGCAAAGCUUCUUGUUAAUCUCGUGAAAUCUGCUGACAACGCCUUAACCGAAGUCCAAUUAGUGAAAGGGUUUGAAUUAGUUUUGACAACCCUGGAGGAUGCUGUAAAUGAUGCUCCAAAAGCAGCAGAGUUUCUUGGGAAAAUCUUUGGUAAAAGUGUGACAGAGAAAGUAGUGACAUUGAAAGAGAUUGGUCGGUUAAUCCGUGAAGGAGGAGAAGAACCGGGAAGUCUGAUGGAGUUUGGAUUAGGAGGCGAUGUCCUUGGGAGUGUUUUGGAGAUGAUAAAGACAGAAGCAGGAGAAGAAGCUUUGGUUGAGGUUCGCCGGAGUUCAGGUCUCAGGAUUGAAGAUUUCAAACCUCCUGCACCUAACCGGUCUAAGAUAUUAGAGAAAUUUACCUAGUAGGAACAAACAAAAAAUGGAACCAUCUUUUGAGGGCUCCUUUCUUCUUUUUUCUCUUCUUAAAAGUUCUCUCCUUUUCUAUUUCUUUUUUUUUUUAUUUAAGUGCUUAGACAAACUAAUUUGUUAAAAAAAGGGAGUUUCUCUAUUCUAUUAUAUAGCAAAACCUUCAAAAAAUUU